AUGCCCUCCUCAGCUGCACUACAACCCUCCCAACCCGUCGCCCUCACCACAGAACAACUAACCGCAUACCUCGCCCGUCUACGGCUCCCUCCCACCACAUCCCUCCUCCUGCCGCCGGACUUGCCAACCCUCUCCCUCCUCCACAAAGCUCACUACUUCUCUAUCCCUUUCGAGACCCUCUCCCUUCACUUUGACCCCCACGGCGGCGUUGAGACUGGAAGAGAUCAUACGCGCCCGCCUAUAUCUCCGAACCUAAACGAUAUCUAUGAUAAGAUUGUGAUAAGGAGGAGGGGAGGUUAUUGUAUUGAACAUAAUACUCUCUUUAUUGCGGCAUUGCGGAAACUGGGGUUUAACGUUAGGCCUGCACUCGCCAGGGCCGUGAGGGAUGGGAAGUGGUUCGGCAUCUCCCACUUCAUCGGUCUCGUCCACAUCCCCACCCCCACCGACCCAACACCCACCGGUCCCACCCCCUCAUCCAUCCACCUCAUCGACGUCGGCUACGGCUACCGCGGCCCCGUCCUCCCGCUCCCGCUCUCCGGCCUCCCGCAAUCCCACCCAUCCCAGGGCACGAACCGCAUCACACUCCACACCUCCACCACAUCCUACCCCGGGUGUGAGGACGAUGUGUUUGCGGCUCCCGGUGAGUGGGGCGUUCCUGAUCUGUAUGUGAUGGAACAUCGGGCGAACAAAAGUGGCGCAGAAUGGACACAGCAAUACGCCUUCUACACAACCCCCGUGACACGCACAGAUAUCGAAAUGUCAAACUGGUACAGCUGCACGCACCCAGCGGCGGUGUGGGUGCGGGGAUGUACUGUCAAGAUGCAUGAUGAGCGGGAGGGGGCCACGGUGUUCUAUGAGGGGGCCUUGAAGAGGUACGAUGCUCGGGGGGAGGUUGUGGAGAGUAGGGAGGUUGCGAGAGCGGAGUGGAGGAAGCUUGUUGAGGGUGAGUUUGGGGUGCGGUUCUGA